AUGGGGCUCCGGUCCAGGACCGUCGCUAGCGGCUCGGAGGAGCAGAAGAAGCCCUCCUCCGGCGCUCCUCCCGGGGACCUGCUGGACCAAGGCACCGGGGGAGCGGACAAGGAUGGCGCCCUGCUGCUGGUGGCCUCGGGCCGGGACGACUACAAGCGGGGCUCUCAGGGCAUCGGCAUCGGGCUGCUGGCCAAGACCCCCCUGAGCUACACCCGGCCGGCCAAGAGGAAUAACAUCCGCAAGAGGAGGAUCCAGAACCUGAUCUACGACGCGCUGGAGAGGCCGAGAGGAUGGGCGCUGCUCUACCACGCGUUCGUGUUUUUAAUCGUUCUGGGAUGUCUGAUUCUGGCCAUUCUGACCACGUUCAAGGAGCAUGAGAAGACAUCGGCACACUGGCUGGUUAUUCUGGAAACUUUUGCCAUCUUCAUCUUCGGGGCAGAGUUCGCUCUGAGGAUCUGGGCGGCGGGUUGCUGCUGCCGAUACAAAGGAUGGAGGGGGAGGCUGAAGUUCGCUCGCAAACCUCUGUGUAUGUUAGACAUCUUUGUGCUGAUCGCCUCAGUGCCGGUGGUGGCGGUGCGUAACCAAGGCAACGUGUUGGCCACGUCACUGCGCAGCCUCCGAUUCCUGCAGAUCCUGCGGAUGCUGCGAAUGGACCGAAGAGGAGGAACCUGGAAGCUGCUGGGUUCUGCCAUCUACGCUCACAGUAAGGAACUGAUCACAGCCUGGUACAUCGGCUUCCUGUCUCUGAUCCUGGCGUCCUUCCUCGUCUACCUGGUGGAGAAAGACGACGUCUCCAUGAACGUUUCCGACCACGAAAACCCGACAGCUCAGCCCAAACCGCAGGACUUCGACACCUACGCCGACGCUCUGUGGUGGGGGCUGAUCACGUUGACCACCAUCGGUUACGGCGAUAAAACCCCAAAGACCUGGGCUGGGAGACUGCUAGCCGGAACCUUCGCUCUCAUCGGAGUUUCCUUCUUCGCUUUGCCUGCAGGGAUUCUGGGAUCUGGUCUGGCUCUGAAGGUCCAGGAGCAGCACAGGCAGAAGCACUUUGAGAAGCGAAGACACCCGGCGGCUGGACUCAUCCAGUCUGCCUGGAGAUAUUAUUCCACCAAUCCUAUCAGGGAAGACCUCAUUGCCACGUGGAGAUUUUAUGAAACCGUCAUCUCGCUUCCCUGCUUCAGGAAGGAGACGUUGGAGGUCAUGGCCAGCCAGAAACUGAGUUUGCUGGAGCGAGUUCGCCUUCCCACCGCCAGACCGUCGGUUGGGUCGGGAAAGAAGCUCAGUGGUAACGCCGAGUCCAUCGAGGACAGUCCGUCCAAGGAGCCCAAACCGGCCGGCUUCAGUAACCGGGAACGUUUUCGCACCGCCUUCCGCAUGAAGGCCUACACGCUCCGCCAGAGCUCCGAAGAUGCCGGAGCUCUGGCAGAUCCAGCCUUAGAGGAGCGGGGUUUUCCCCCAGACAUCCUCCUGGAGGAGAUGAUCCCAACGCUGAAACUGGUCAUCAGGGCAGUCAGGAUCAUGCAAUUCCUCUUGAACAAGAAGCGGUUUAAGGAAACUCUGAGGCCUUACGAUGUCAAAGAUGUGAUCGAGCAGUAUUCUGCCGGACACCUGGACAUGCUCUGUAGAAUCAAAUACCUCCAGACAAGGAUCGACAUGAUUCUUGCACCUGGACCACCCCUCACCCCAAAACACAAGAAAACUCAGAAAACGCCCUUUGCCUACCCGUCUAAUCAGUCGCCCAGGCAUGAGUCCUACCUAGCCAAAGCCGCCUCCAUGCCAGAUGCCGAAGACCAAAGCAUGAUGGGUAGAUUUGUCAGGGUGGAGAGACAGGUGGAGGACAUGGAGAAGAAGUUGGACUUCCUGGUGGACAUGCACAUCCAGCACACUGAGCACCUGCAGGUGGACUCUGCCGGUGGCGCCCAGAUGACCCUGGAGACCUGCGAUCCUACGGGGAACGGUGGGAUCCGACGGGUUUUCUUCAACUACGCCGAGGCGUUCCCGCACAUGUCGUUCCAGGUGCCUGUCAGUAAGGUGAACCCAUUUUACGGCCGGGGACAGGGAGGCAGGGAGGGUCCUGGGCUGGUCGGAGGAGGCCCGGUACCUCCAGAUCACCACCCGCCGCCGUCGCACCUCCACCAAGCUCCAGGCGCCAUCCCCACCUACACCGAGCGUCCCACGGUGCUGCCCAUCAGCUCACUGCAGGACCUGUCGGUGGGGCUGGGCAGGACCACAGGGGGGCGGGGGGCCGACUCGCCGCUCUCCAUGCUGUCGGUGAACCACGAGGAGCUGGAGCGCUCGCCAAGCGGCUUCAGCAUCUCCGGGGAGCGGGAGGGCGAGGAAGGGGUUGGCCUGUCGAUGGGGGCCGGGGUGGCUACCGGGGACGCCAGCUGGACGAGACCCCGGCCGAGCUACCUGGCAGAGGGUGAGACGGACACGGACACGGACCCCUUCACGCCCAGCGGGGGCCCGCUGCCGCUCUCCUCCACCGGGGAGGGAUUCGGGGACGCCGUCUGGAACACGCCGCCCUGAGAGGAAGCGUGUUCAUCUGUUAAAUCCACGACUCAGACCUUAAAUCCAACCCAUGCCUCUAAGCCCAAAUCACUGGGUCAAAGCCAAACCUCCGAACCGAACCUUUAGGGGGAAGGGCGGCUCUUAUCCGCCUCGAUGCUGCAAGGUCACGAGGGAGUUCACCGACCUUCGGAGGCCGCAAGUCUCAUCAACCGACGGCGGUCCAGACAGAGCCAUGGCACUGAGACUGCCCAGAAAAAAGGGAAAGCAGACCGUUUGUAAAGUAAAAUUCUGUACAGCGCACUCUUCGCAGAAACUUAGCUGACGUAAAAAAGAACAUGAAUAUACAUACUAUAUACACCCAAAGCUUUAUUGCUGCAAAGCCAACCGCACUGCAUGUGACGCAUGCGAUUUUUAGUGUAGACACUGCAAAGUUCAGGAUAUCAGGAAACGGAAAAAGAGAUUGAAUGGAUACAUAUACUUGCUAUGCCAUUUUGUAACACUUAUUUUUUUAUAUGAAUACAUUUCCAUUGUUUCUUGCAUGGUUUGCAUGAUGAUGCACCAUUCUAGGGGUGACGUUAGAGGCUGACACUGGAACCAAAAGUCUCCUGUCUCUUUGUGUUGUUUGCCGAGUGUGUGUUUGUGUGAAUGCGACAGAGAAGGAGAGGUUUGGGGAACGAAACACUGGUUAGUCGCUGGCGGUCGUGUUUCACCGUAUUCCUCGAAGGAGGACCAGCUCUCGUUGUUUCGUUUUCACACCACUGUGCUCUUUUACAUCACCACUUUAUGCAUUCAGACUCUCCACUUGAAAAAGAAAAACGGUGAUAAUUCGAAACACUAAAUCUCUGCUGCUUUGUUGGCACAUGAAUUCAGGGAUAUAGACCGAGUCUGCUGAGCAUCGCUUGAAAAGAACUCACAGUUUACAGAAAUUCACAGAAAAUAGUGGCUGAAGUUAAGAACUAAUAAGAUAUCAACGUUAAAUUAAACAGGAUGUGUUUGUCCCAGUACCUACACUUGCAAGAAAACAGUUUGUUUAACAUGUAUUUUAUGCACAUUUCUUCUUUAAAUAAACCAGUAAAUCUACGGCAGUUUUUGCAUAAACACCACAGAUGGUUGUUAAAUUGUAAAUCCAUUCUUCUUGAUGGGAUUUCUCUUGAAUAAUAUUGCAUAAAUCCCAGUUUAAAAGGAUAAUAAGUACAGUGUGCACAAUUAUAUCCAACUUGAAUUCUGAAUAUACAGUUAACUGACCUGCAUACUUCAUUUUAUUGUCUUUAUUAGCUGUAAUAAUCUUCUCAGUCCCUUCCGAUUGGUUGAUAUUUGUAACCAUAAACUUGUUUUUUGUUUGCAAGCGUGACAGAAUUCUUCAUUAAUUAUUACAAAUACCAGAAAUCCAUCACAUAUUUAAUCGCAAGUAUUGGUACUGGGAGAGUUUUUAGCCUAUAUUUUAGAUUUUCCUUUCAUUUUACUGUCAUUUUAUGUUUUAUUCUACACAUUUUAUCGUGCUAAUCCUUGCUGAAUCAGUAGAAGACAACUGGGGUUCUUUCAUAGACAUUCCACCGCUGACCCAAGAGGUUUUCUCAGUUAUAACCCCCGAAUCACACAACUCGAGGUGUUUGUGGUGAUAAAACUGCCCGGGGAGGGACCUCAGGACUGCAUUAUAAAUACCUGAUAAUAGUGUUGCAGAAGAACCUUAAAAGAAGCCUGGUUGUCUCCCACUGAAGCUCUCAGGAUCAACUGGAUGACUGAGAAUCUACACAGACAUAUGUUCUGUAGCAACUCAGUGGAACCAUAAAACCAUAAAAAAAAUCAGUAUUUAGGUGUAGUUUAAAUUUGAACGAAAAGUUCUUUAAUAUAAAGUCAAAUAGAAAAUACAAGCAUUAACGUGAUUUCUACUCUCCAACAGAGAUAACCAGCUCUACAGCGCUUCAUUUUUUAUUUCCUAAUAAUCAAUUCUGCUUCUUUCCGCUCCAUAAAAAGAGAAAUUCAGUCAUUGAUUUCCCUAAAAAAUGAAAAGGAACUGUGCAAUUAAAAUGAUUAUGUUUCGACAAACCUGUCCAGUUAUUUGGCAGUAAACUGAUUUAAGAAUGAGGGUAAUUAAAAUGCUAAUUAAGUAGAGAAAUUAAGGGAAUUUAGCCACAAAUUACUCGUCUCAGUCAGUUAGCUCAUCAAAAAUCUGCUGUAAGCCUUCAGUUCUAAACACAAUCCAGCCUUAAAUUUACAAAAAACCUUUACAGCUGUCCAACAACACAUCUUUAUACCAAUUAAUAUUUUAAUUUUCAUCAAAACAAACUGGUGAAGACACACUGGCGAGUGAGUGAAGGUUUCCGGUGAAAGAUAUUUUUAAAAACGAAACACAACAAAGCCACAACUGACCACAUACUGCAAAUAAAAAAGCUUUACAGACGAUCACAUAUAAGCCUAAGCUGCUUUUUUCUACCUUAGAUUUAGGAUGACACUGAUACUGAAUGUAAUAUCUGACAACCAACUAUAUCUACACACAAGAAUUAUUAUGAUUAUUAUCACACAGUUAUAGCAUGUUCAAGCACCUUCAGGUUGAAGUUUGCAGACAGGUUUCCACACCAGGCUUCAUCAGUGAGAAAUGUGUCAAAAUAAACUGGAAUUAAACUGCAACCCUGUAUAGUUUAGACGGGACAAUGUGCAAUAAGAUGUGUUGAUCAAACAUUAAUGCGUUGUCUGCAAAGUUGACACUAGAUUUAUUGGUGUUUUGAGUUCAUUAAUGAGAAUAAAGAUGGCUAAAAAUAAUCCAGAAUUACCUUUUAAGGUCUGGGAAUGGUGGCGGUCAUGGUUGAAAGGAACCCAUGUUGACCCAUCCAUCCACCCCGACCUCCUCCUUGUAGUUUUCUUUAUGUAUUUGACGCAAUGUGUUUUACUUAAGCUUAAUAUCCCACCCAAAAAAUAAUAGAUUAACCCUGGAAACAUGUUGGUGGAGUGCUUUUCUCCUUAUGAAAGUAACUCUGGUGAACUGGGUCAAAUGACAACGCAGUAACCAACCAGUCGACCUGGACAAUACAACUUUCCUACCCAGUAGAAUAAGAUAAAGGAAAAUAAGAUUUAAGAGCAUAAUAAACACCACAUAGGUCUCAUAAUGGGAAAUACAUCUUGAAAUAAUCCAGAAUUAUCUUUUAAAGUCUGGGAAUGGUGGCAGUCAUGGAUGAAAGAAACUAUGUUGACCCAUCCAUCCACCAUGACCACCUCUGAGUAGGUUUUUAUGUAUUUGGCACAUCACGCUUUACUUAAACUUCACAUCCCAUCCAAAAAAAUUAUAGAUCAGUCCUGGAAACAUAUUUAUGUAGUGUUUUUCUCCUACUGAAAUUAGCAGUGGAGAUUGUCCAUCCAAUGAGAAUUUGAUCAAAUGGCAACAUGGUAACCAAGCAGUCAACUUGGACACUACAACCUACCUGCCCAAUGAAAUAAGAUAAAGUAAAAUAAGAUUUAAGCAUAACAAGCACUUAAUAGGUUUUAUAAUGGUAAGUACAGCUUGAAAUAAUACAGAAUUAUCCUUUAAAGUCAGGGAAUGGUGGCAGUCAUGAUUUAAAGAAACCUAUCCUGACCCAUCUAUCUACCCCGACCUCAUCCUAGUAGUUUUUUUGUCUAUUUGGCUCAUUGUGUUUUACUUAAACUUAACAUCCGCCACCAAAAAAUAAUCGAUUAACCCUGGAAACAUAUUAAUGGAGUGCUUUUCUCCUCCUGAAAGCAGCACUGGAGAUUGUCCAUCCAAUGAGAAUUUGCUCAAAUGAGGACAGACUAACCAACCAAUCAACCUGGACACUACAACCUCCCCAUCCAAUGAAAUAAGAUAAAGUAAAAUAAGAUUUAAAACCAUAAUAAGCACCACAUAGGUCUUAUAAUGGGAAAUACAGCUUGAAAUAAUUCAGAAUUAUCUUUUAAAGUCAGGGAAUGGUGGCGGGCCUGGUUGAAAGAAACCUAUCCUGACCAUCCAUCCACCCCGACCUCCUCCGAGUUGUGUUUUUUCAGGAUUUGUAACCAAAAUGAUGGGUUAAUCGUGGGAACUCCUCGACCAAUGAGAAUUUAGUUGAAUGAGAACAUACUAUUCAAACAAUCCACCUGGACACUGCAGCUUUAACGACCAACUCCACCCACCUGGCGCUCCCAGACGGGUAAAACGAGCGCCACAACUCUGUUUUUAGCUCACGUUGAAGCCUGGUGUGGCGGCGACCGUCUGUAAAAACCAACGAGGUGAACCAAACCCUUAUUAUUAUGAUUAUUAUCUAUUUAUCUUAUUGUAUUCCAGCUAUUUACCUUCUGCUCCUGGAAGCCAUUGAAUUAUAAAGACAAACGAUCUUGCGAUGGCAGCACCACAUGUAGAUAAACCGAUGAUAUAUCCCUGUAGACGUCCAUUCAUUGUGCCUCUGAAGCAAGAAGCAUCACUCAGAAUGACUCCAUCAUUCUCUAUUUAGUGUUUCACUUCACGUCACCAAACACCAACCACACGAUUUAUGAAUGUGAGCUCCGUUUCUUUCUGUGGUGCAUCGUCUUGUUUAUUUAUUUAUUUAUUUUCAAACUAGCGCGGUUUCGCUUUUGUAAAAAAAUAGCAGUUUUGUAGCUUUCGUGGUGCUUUUGGCUCAUUGACCUGAUUUUAGCUGCACAGAAAUGUAAAGUUUGUGAGGUUUUCGCUUCUUUGUUUGUUCGUUUAGUGUUCAGACAUUUCUGUUCUCAGUCGGUUUGAUUCGAGUUUAUGUCUGAGUUCCUUUAAACACCAGUGUUUCUGUUGCCUUGCACAUCAAGUUCCACAUUUAUCACUUUGCUUCCAAAAUCAAAAUUUCAAGCUUAUACCACUUCCUUUCUAAAUUUACCGGCAUGUAUCGGUUUAAGAUUAUCACUGGAAACAACUACAGUAUAUAACAGCAUAUUCAUAGUAAAUGGCAAAUUACUGUUAAAACUUUAUCAUUUUGUAAAUUUAAACUGAAAAGAAAGGUCUUCCAAGACACUGAAGUUCACAAAAACAGAAGCAGUUAAAGAAUAAAUGGGAAUAUUUUCAGAUUUAUUACAGUAAAAACCGGUUGUUAUUAUUAUUAUUAUUAUUAUUAUUAUUAUUAUUAUUAUUAUUAUUAUUAUUAGAAGUUGUUCUUCUCAGGAACUCAAAAGAGGAAAAAAACAAAACCUCCGUUGAUGAAUCCAUCGACGGCUCAUUAAGCUUUAUUUUAACAAGUCAUUCUGUCUGUAAUUUAGCCAUAAAGUUUAUUUUUGUUAAUUUCAAGUGGAUUAUUUCACCUGAUUUUGAUCCAAAUUCACUCUUAUUACGGGAAUUUACUGAAACAAAUGAAAAUAAAUUCCUGAAAAACUGCAGUCAGACGCAAUAUUUAGAAUUUAAGACAACAUUCGGUGAUCAAAACUAGCAAAAGUUCUUACAAAGAAAAGUAUUUCUUAACUUAAUUCCAUGGGUUUUGUGACUUUUUUUUGUGUUUUGUAUGAACAUAAUGUUGUUUAUUGGUGAAGGUUUGUGGCCAAACGUUAUUCCAACAUAGAGCUGCAACUAAUGAUUAUUUUUAUAAUUAAUCGAUUAGUUGAUGGUGAAAAAUGUUGAUCAAUUCCUUGAUUUGUCCAAAGAUAUUCAGUUUAUUGUCACUAAGAAGGAAAGAAACUGGAAAAUACUCACAUUUAAGAAACUGCAAUCAUAGAAUUUUGACUUUUUUUUUAAAGUAAAAACCUUCUCCAACCGAUUAAUUAGUCAUUAAACUCAUGUUCAACUAAUCGAUUAAUCGUUGCAGCUCUAUUGCAGUGAUAUUUUAUUUCCCAAACUUUCUUCAGUGACGUCUUUUUCUGAAACCACUCCAACACAAACAGAUGGUAAACUGACUAAAUUCCAAUAUAUGUUCGAUGCAAAGAAGCUUUUUACUGGAAAACAAGGUUUUAGCUGCUUUUCACCAGUUUUAAGAAAGAAAAAUGGAAUUUGUUUGACUUUUUGGCUUUUUAAGAGUUUGGUUUGUUGGUAAAUUCACUAAAAAUCAACCUAAGAUUCACUUCUCAACUAUGUUUGUAGUUAAUCCAAAUUAUUCUGUAGAUCUAAAGAAAAAUAAGGAUGAAGUCUGAUUGUUAGUUGAGUAUCUUUGGUUCGGCGCUGGCAGUUUAUUGAUGGUUGUUCUCCUGAUGUUGCUGCCAGUAGCUUUAAAAACCCAACUUCAGACAGAACUUUUAAAAAGAACUCGAGGAAAUCAAGCAAAAAGUUUUAUGUUGCAUCCGGACAGCAAAAAUUUGAUUACAAUACUGUGAAAAUAUUAUGUAGCUUUAAGUUUAGAAUAUUUGGAACCAUUUUUCAGAGAUUUUAAAAUCUACAACCAGCUGAAAAACUUCAAAGCUUAAGAGAUUUUCAGUUCAGUUGAAGACUAUUCUGUGUUCUGAUGAAUAAAUCAAAACUUUAAAAAGCCGUUUAGUUGAUCCAAUUCCAACUUCGCAUGAUUUUUGAGCAACUCAGCCUCAACUUUUAGUCUUAUAUUUUAUUAUUUAGCGCCUUGAGGCUUGUUGAAGAGGUUUUAAUCAGCUCACUGGAGGAUUUAAUCAUUUACUUUCCCGAUAUUUUUGUCUUUGUCGUCUGAUUUUGCGGAAUCAGUUCCUUAUUAUGGACAUUUCCCAUGAAGGGUUGCAAAUCAAAACUCACCAUUAGUCCCACUGACCAGGUUAAAGAAUGGAAAAAGCUCAUGCGAUGAUGUUUUCUGAGCCAGUUUCAGUGAUUUUAAUGGACAUUUACAUUCAAUUUGAGUCAUUUCUUUCACAAAAUUUGAAAACUGUACCUGUACAGGUGUUUGUUUGUUUUUUUGGUCUUUUGUAGCACAAAAAUGGGUCUUAUUUGUUGGAAUUAACCCUUUAUCUGUUUAUUUGACAAUCAGUUUUUCUUUUCACGUUGUCUUUGGUGCAAUUUCCCAAAACAAAGUGACUGCUGUGUCCACAAACAGGUGAAAUAAUGGGUUUGAAUACUAUUUUGAAUGCUAUUAUGCCAUUUAGUAUUUCAGUGGGGUUGUUUGUUGGUCAUUUUUUAAUUGCGGUGUUACAUUCUCCAAUGAUUUGGUCGUUUUUCUGGUCUUGCACCAACCCAGUUCCUCAAUAUUUGCACUCAGUAAUUUGGCUUCAGCCCCCAAAAGUCUUUAAAUCUCCAGUUUUUCUGCAGUUUCUUUAAAAAAAAAAAAAAAAAAACAACUACAAACUGUGUUGCAUUCAGAGUUUUGACAGUUUUGUUGGACUCACCUCUAGAAUCAGUAUUUGUGACGCUUUAUAGGGACAAAAUUGGUUUAACUUGUGUAGCAGUCACUCACACAUUGUAAUCUUGCAGGAAUAUGAAGAAAUAUACGACCACAUGUCAGCUUCUAAACACUUCACGGCUUGAAUCCGAAUCUUUCUCGUCUCUUGAAGCCAUAAUCUGAAGCAUGUAUGUAUCUGAAACACCCACAGCUGUUCGUUUGUCAUUGAGUUUCUCUUCUUUGUGAUCGAUUCUGAAUGAAAAGGAGCACUUUAUGGCGUCCAUGUAGUCCAGAGGGCAGUAGUGCUUGCUGUGAUUUGUUCCGUUGGUUGUUCUCACUGUAACUGCAGACCAAGCAAUGCACUGACUGGCACAUUCUACAUAACCUGUAAUUUUACGGACAUUUUGAUUGCUACGAAUUAUUUGUGCCUUGGCCUUUUACAGUACCCUUAUUUUCAAUGUUUACUCUUUCAGUUUCGGUCACGCUUUUCUCGCUACGGCUGCCGAAAUGCUGCACGAAGCUGUCGGUGAUAUCUGUGUGGACGGCUGCCUUUAAUCUGCCAAACAGCUUCCAUCCUGAAGCAGGAAGCAGCGGCUGUCGGGAGGUAAAGUCUCUGUCUGCAGGACUUAAAAAGCACCAACAAAGCAAAAGGAGGCCCGCCGAAAUCUGCAAGCUCCGAAGAUUCUCCCUCUUUGCCUGAUGAGAAGUUUGCAUUAUUAAAACUCUUGCAGAUUUCAGUGCAUAUAAGCUUUUCCACUCUGAAUUCUCAUCUGGGUAAGCACAAUAUUUCCACAAGUGUUUGCACGUAGCCGAAAUUUAAAGUGAAAGAAAGAAAAACAAAGUAUCGACUGAAAGCACAAAACCUCACGAUUUAAAGACACAUACGACUUUUCUGUCUUCAUAGAAGCGCUCACUAUGUGCUGCAAAACACAAAAUGCUUCCAAGCUUUUAGUAUUUUUAGAAAAAGGGGGUGAAAGUUAAAGGGUUUACACAAGUUUUGCAGUUAAACUCCUACUCAUAGUGCCGUCAGCCCUCAAUCCAAAAUUCACAUUUUCAAGGACAGAUUGUGUUUAGAUUUAAUCAUCAAUUCUCAUUUAGAGCUCAUCUUUUUACAUAGAUACUUUACAUUUUGUAGCAUGACAAGCUUGGCAGGUCAUCAAAGUGAAGAUGACUAACAGGCCAUAUUUAGAAAAACCCACAACGUCCUUUACUCUCGUUCUGUGCCACAUAUGAAGUUCUGUCUCCACCGUUGGUUUUUAAUUGUUAGAAAAAAACCCCACUUGAUUUAGAUUAAAAACAGCCGCUGCUGCCAGAGUUUAGCACCACAACGUGUCGGGUUUGUCAGUAAAGAAGUUUAUGAUGUUCUACUUCAAUGGUGGAGGUAAAAACAGCAAAUAGUGACGAAUCAGUCCCUUCUAAUGUUGGUGUAAGUUUGUGCAUUUCUAGAGCUUUCCAUUUGACUCCCCUCAGUUUGUCAAGUUUUCAUCACAUACAAAAUAAAACCAAACAAAAAAACUGCAGCACAGUUUAGACAUAAUCAGAAAAUGUGGAGUAAAAUUCUGAAAACAGGCCAUUUUCCACUCCAGGAACUCAUAGGAACCUUUGUCCAUGUUUCAACUGCAAGAAUCACCCUGUAGAACCUCUUUUGUGGACCUGAAAAACCUGUUGAUGCCAAUCAGUUAAACUCUAAGAACAGAAAUGCUAGGACAAUGUUUUUGCCCUCCAGAUGUUCUCCUCUCCAGCUAAAAUUCACCAUUCAUGCACUAUGUUCUCUUUCCUACAUGCUAGAACUGGAGUUUCACCCAGUAAACACUAUUUCCUGUUGUUUUGGUGAACUCUGAGUUAAUGUUCUUGGAUCUGACAAACUGAAAGGAUCGACCACGGGGUUGUUUUACAUUCAUACCAUCUUCCACCUGCCCAAGUUCUGUCUGGAUGUACAGUAUUAUUACUUUAUCUAACCCCGUUCAUGUGUGCAGGUUAGCUCGGUUUUCUCGUUAGGGGUUGUUUUACGUCUAUACCGUCUUCCACCAGCCCAAGUUCCAGUAAAAGUCCUGUUUUUAUUGAUUCAUUUGGUUCAGUAGCAUCAACAAAAAAGAACUUUGACUUUAAAGUUUUUGCAGGGACAACUUUUAAACCCUAAAAUAAUAAUAUUUACUAUUUUCUACAUUCUACAACUAGACUUUCACCCAGUAAAUGCUAUUUCCUGAUGUUCUGGAUGCUCUUGAGUUGAUGUUCUUGGAUCUGACAACAUAGAGGAAACCAAAAGGCUUUAAAGGACGGACAAAGUGGUGGUUUUACGUCUCUACCAUCUUCCAUCUGCCUGAGUUCCUGAAAUCAAACACUUAGUAGAACUUGACUCACAAACCUGCAAAAUUACUCUUUUUAUCGGUUUAUUUGAUUCAGUAACAUCUAAAAGUCUGGACAUACAGUAUUGUUACUUUAUUUAACCCCGUUGAUGUGUGCAGGUUUGUCCAUCCAAGAAAGAUGCUACUGAGCAUGCUCAGUGUGGCCAAAAAUACAGAAAAUCUGGGAAACUUUUUCAAUCUACUGAGCACCUUUCAUCUCCCACAAUCUAAAGACGCCUUAGCUACCAUUUGGGAUUUUGAAUCACAACUUUUUACUUCUUUAACAGAAUCUAAAAGUUUCAGUUCGGUUUUCUCCUUACUGCCAGAAUCUACUUGAAAAGUGCCAAAGACCUGUCAGCCCUGUCCUGAUGCUGUGAUAGAAACUAAACCUGUAGACUGAAGGAGGGGAAAUAUUCACAAAACAAAACAAAAGACAACUAAAACCGAGUGUCUCUCCACAGAUAUCAUGUCCAGCUUCGUGCUCGUUGUCUGGCAGCAGCUUUUUUGGGUCAGAAACAGUUUUGUUGUUCUUAAGUUUCAUUUAAGGGAAAUUUGGACAACUUUACACUCGUGGCCUUCAGAGCUGUGCGUCAUUUUUCUCAUUCCAGUUUGAAAAAAUAAAACAAACUCGCCAUUUCUAUUCUGUAUUAGACCACUUUGAACAUUUGGUUUCGAUGAUAUAAUAUGCAAAUGUAUUCUUACUUGAUUUUUUUAUUUUUUGUCUUUUCAAUUGCACCAGUUAUUAAUAAAGUAUUGAACUGAAAAUG